CGGGGGGAUGCUCUCGUCCAUCCUCUCCCUCCUGCUCCCCCCCCCGCCGACAAGGCUUUGUCCUCCCCCCAGUUCUUGGAGGCUGGGUUAAACUGGGCCGGACUGGGUUUUGCUGGGUGUCUGAGCAGGGGCUCAGAGCCGCGUUUGCACCCCCAGGACAUCCCUGUGGGGAUCCUACGGGUCCCAUAGGGAAGGCAAAGUGCAGAGCUGGGAGGGGGGCGCUUGGGGGGGGCGCAGCUCCCAGCUGGGCGCUGCUCCAGGGACACGGCGGCCCAGUGAUGUCCCCCCCCCACCCCGGGGACGAUGCAAGGACACCGGGACCGAGCCUGGGCCGGGGCCCAGGUUUCUCUGCCAGCAGCAAUUACGGGCAAUGUUCUCCCCUGGAUCCCGAGCGGGGAUUUUUGUCAGAAUCGCGCCUUUUGUUCGGGGAGCGACAACACAGCUGCGGUGGGGCCAGCCCCCAGCUGCUGCUGCCAACGCGGGGGGGGGGGGUUUACCCCGGGGCUGGAUCCGUCCCGUGUUCCCGUCCCCCCCCCCCCCCCCAGUUUGCCCACAGGACCCUGCCGUGGGACUGGGGCCGGGCUGGGACUCACUAGAGGGCACCAAAGGAUUGGGAACUGGGAUGGGACGGGAUGGGAUGGGAUGGGGUUGGACUGGAUGGCCAGCACCUGGGGACCUGUGGGAUCUGCCAGGGUAUUCAGGGGGUGCGUGGGGGGUCAGUGGGGUCAGCCAGCACAUCAGGGGUCAAUGGGAUCUCUCAGGAUGCCAGGCAAUGGGGUCUGUGGGGUCUGCUAGAAUGGCCAUGGCAUGUCACAUCUAUGGGGUCUUGCAGAGGGUCCAGGGGAUGGCAUGGUACAGGAUCUGCUGGGACACGGGGUCUGUGGGGUCAGCCUGGGCUGCGUGAGGCCCCCCUGCAGCCAGGUACCCCCCAGGACCCCGUCCCUGUCCCCCUCCAGCUCCCGGGACCGGUAGCACCACACCGGUGUCCCCUCCCACGACCGGGACCGAGUGAGGUGUGCACCCCAAAAUCGGGGCCCCGGGUCCCAUUGCAGACCUGCUUACACCUGACACCUCUGGAACCCCGUGGUCCUGCAGCACCCAUGCGUGCUGGCACCAGCACCGUGCCAGGGCUCCCCUGGGACCACAGUUUUUCAUCCCAGAGCCUCGGGGAGCUGAUGCUGGCUCCUCCCGGGGGGUCAGAUUUCCCCGUCCUUCCCAUAACAAUCGCGGCGGUGGCGUCCUGGAAGCGGCACAUGUUGUUCCCAUCCGCGGCGCAGCAAGGCAGAGGCAGAGGCCAUCGAGAAGGAGCUGCUGGAGGAUUACCGCUUCGGGCGGCAGCAGCUGAUCGAGAUCUGGGGACACGCCUGUGCCAUGGCUGUGACCAAGGCCUUCCCGCUGCCGUCCCUCCCGCGGAAGCAGCCCACGGUGCUGGUGGUGUGCGGCCCGGCGCAGAACGGUGCCAUCGGGCUGGUGUGCGCGCGGCACCUGCGGAUCUUUGACUACGAGCCCACCAUCUUCUACCCCAAGCGCUCCCCGGACCCCCUGUACCGGGACUUCACCACGCAGUGCGAGAAGAUGGACAUCCCCUUCCUCUCCUACCUCCCCACCGAGGUGCAGCUGAUCAACGAUGCCUACAACGCCGUGGUGGAUGCGGUGCUGGGCGCCGAGGCGGAGCUGGGUGAGGGGAGGGGGCCCUGCGCCGGCAUCCUCGCCACCCUGAAGCACGUCCGCAUCCCCAUCGUCAGCCUGGACGUGCCCUCAGGGUGGGACGUGGAGGCCGGGAGCAGCAGCGGGAUCAGCCCCGACGUCCUGGUGUCGCUGACGGCGCCCAAGCAGUGCGCCCGCCGCUUCCUGGGCCGCCAGCACUUCGUGGCCGGCCGCUUCGUGCCCUAUGACAUGCAGAAGAAGUUCGAGCUCAACCCGCCCGAGUACCCCGGCACAGAGUGCGUGGUGCCCCUGUGAGCCCCGGCAAUAAAGCGCU